CCACUUUCAUGCUCGUAACUCUGAUGUAAAAGUGUAAGGUGCAUUCAGCCCACAGAAGCUUUCACUUUGCAGCCGACGGAUGCCGGCCCUAUUAUGUUGUUACUCAAGGGCUGACUCAUAAACGCACGUUGACUGUGAGGGAGGGGGUGAGGCGGUGGCGACCAAAGCUACUAGAGGAAGUAUCCUUGGUGGCGACGGCUCCCAUGCGGUUGGCUGCAGCCAGCACUUGCUACACGGACCCUCUCUACCUCCCUCCCUCAUUCAUUGUCCCGGGACGUUCCGCCGCUCGCGACUCCCAGGCCGCGUUCCAGCCACUUCCAGGAGCCGCCGGCUCCCUGCAUCUUAGCUGCUCCAGCAUGCUGCAAUAAAAGCUGAAUUCAGCCUGCUCCAGGCACCCGAAUAAAUAUUGAAUUCAUCACAAGAAAGAUUAGUUUACCUUUGAUGACAUCCGUUUGAAAUGGCGCCCUUCAAAAUGAAACUAUUUGGCUUACUGUACUUUGUACAGGGAAUGCCCUAUGGACUACAAUCCAAUUUGUUACCAAUUUAUCUGAGGACAUUUGGACUUUCAUUUACCAAAAUCAGCUUGACCAAAUUGUUAUUUUUUCCCUGGUCACUUAAGAUACUCUGGGCUCCAUUUGUGGAUCAAUAUGGAACUAAAUGGAAAUGGCUGCUGUGUAGCAUGUUUGGAUUAUUUUUAUGUUGUCUAGUAAUGUCCAGACUGAUUCCGGAAAGGGAUUUCCCGGCAAUGGCUUUCAUUUUGUUGCUGAUGAAUUUCUUUGCUUCAAUUCAAGACAUUGCUGUGGAUGGCAUUGCAGUUCGUUUACUUAGAAGUGAGGACAUUGGUUAUGGCAAUACCAUCCAGGUUGUUGCCUAUAAGAUGGGCUCUCUUAUUGCAGGAGCCGGGCUAUUAACUGUGAUGGACUAUAUUGGCUGGAAUAUGCUAUUCAUAAUAUUCUGUGUCGUCUAUGCUGCUGCUAUGUUUUUUUCGUAUUUCAUACCUGAAGAGGAAGAUACCUCUGAAACAAAAAACAGUAUUCCUGUGCUAAAUCCCAGCAAAAUAUUAGGAGAGAUCCUUAAAGUGCCUGGAACAGUUUGGAAUCUGAUUUACGUCAUGAUCUACAAAUUGGGAGAACAGGGUGCCGUGAGCAUGUUUCCAAUGUUUUUGCUGGAGCAUGGUUUCUCCCCGGCGGAGCUGGGCUUCUGGAAUGGCAUAGUUGCGAUAGGAUUUUCUAUUUUUGGAUCAUGCUUUGGCGGCAUUCUAAUGCCUAAAUAUAAUGUGUUUUCACUUAUAAUUAUCCUGUUUUUGCUGCGCCUUGGAAAUUUGAGUUUACAGACAUUACUACUGCUUCUGUUUUACUAUGAAUCCUUCAUCCUGAAAGGUGCAGCUGUGCUAAGUAUUAUUUUGCAGCAUUUUCUCGGAGGAUUGAUAACAACAUUGACAUUUAGUAUCAUGAUGCUGUGCACUCAGAAAGCUGACAAAAGAAUACAGGCAACCCAUUACACAUUUCUGGCAAGUGCUGAGGUGUUGGGGAAAGUCCUCUUUAGCACCAUAGCUGGUAUACUUGUGGACAGGAUUGGUUUUCCUUCUAGUUUUUGUGUUUUUCUGUUGCUUUCAGGUUUAUCCUUGCUUCAUGUUCUGAAUCCACCUGAGAUACUAUCCAAGCAACAUAAACAAUAAUGUGUGAUUGUUUUACAAUAGCAUAGAAACUGGAGUGUCACAUCAUUGGUCCCCCAGAGCAAAUUUAACUUGGUCUGUGGGAAACACAUCAAUUGUGAAAUCAGUGGGGAAAAUUCAAACCACCUGGCUACAGUGAGAACAAAGUUGGGGGCAGAUAACAUUGGUGUGCAAAAUUCCCACUCACUUCCAAUUUUUCCGUAAUCUUAACCAGGUCAUUUUUAUUGAGGUGCCACCUGACUGUCACAUGGGCCUCAUUCAUGGAUGUAAAGAAGGCACUGUGGUGCACUCAGUGAUAUUUAAGACAAAGACAUGCACUAAACCAAGUCAGAAACUUUUCUGAACAGAUCUGGUUUACUGAGAGUCUGCUGGGGGCCAGCAGGAAAGCUUCAACUUCUAAUUCCCAGUCACAGCUCCAUCUCUGUCCCGAUCAUUCCACACACUUAGUGCAAGUGGGGUAAUACAGUUCAGUGUCCAAUUGGUGACAUCAGGCAAAUCUGUAAACCUGUCCCCUACCUCACGUCACCACAUAGCUCAUCCAAUAAAACCUUCCAGUAAACAUCUCCGGCAGAUGUUCACUUUCAGGAAGAUUUUAUAAUCAGGUUUGUACUUGAUCCACAGGAGGACUUUAACCCACAGUGUACUAACCUCCAGAUCACUUAAAAAGAGAAAAGAAGCCUUCAUUACAUAAAAGAAAACAUCUCCCACAAUUGAGAAAAAGUCUCACAGUUUAUAGAUUCAAAAAUAAAAAUAGAUAAGCUUAAAAAGCUAUCUAUUAAUCAAUGUUAACUUUCAAUUAAUAUAAACUUUAAUUUGCACCAAUUGUGGUAUUGCACUCAUCAAUCUUCACUUGGUUAUGUUGUACAGAACAUGUCAAAACAUUUCUUUACCUGGUAAAAACGUACAGUUGCUCGGUAUUAUCCAAAAGUAAAAUAUUCCAAGAUUUAUUUUAUGUAAUGAGGCAAAUGUGUCUUUGUCCUUUUUAAGUGAUCUUCAGGGAAACAGGUAUGUCAUCAGUACUCUGUGGGUUAAAGUGCCUCUAUAGGUCUGGUUAAAUCAAGAAACAAACCUAGUUGUAGAAUCUUCCUAGAAUUUAACAUAUGCUCAUUACCAUUGCCUGAAGAAGGGUCUCGACCUGAAACGUUACCCAUUCCUUCUCUCCAGAGAUGCUGCCUGUCCCGCUGAGUUAAGGGCCUGUCCCACUUGGGCGUCAUUUGCGCGUCACGCAGGUGGCGAGUGAGGAUUAUGAGAAUCCCAAAAUCCUGGGGCGCCGCGCGCUACCACGCGUCACUGUCUACGCCAACAUGACUCACCACGUGCCAUGCGCGCGUAAUGCAUGCCAUGUGCGCGUCGUGCAUCGUGACCAGUAAAUGGCGCGCAAAUAAUGCCCAAAUUGACUCCAGCUUUGUGUCUAUCAUCAUUUAGUAUAAAGUGUCCGGUAGCAUGUGCUUACCACCAAGAACCUGCUGUCCAGGAUUCAAGCCAAUCGAGAAAAUAUUAACACAUGCAAGAUGUUUAAAGAUAUAUUAAAACAUUUUGGUGACUGAAAGUUGUUGGCUUCUUGACCUCUUUAUGGUCAAUCUAAACUUGAAUUUAACUACUAAUGAAGAUAAGAUUUCAGCAUAUAAUUUUGUUUUAAGAAUGCCAGUUUCUUUCACCUGUUCUUUCACUAAAUGGCUGAAACUCAAGUUUUUGGUAAAUGACAUUUUAAUUGAUAAACUAUGUUACAUUAUACCCUGUAUACCACAGUGGGUGGUGAUGCAGGGUGGAAGGUGAGGGGGAUUGAUAUGAGGUAAAUGGUGAAAUGUGCUGGUGUACAAAGUAAAGAAGAUAAAUAAAGUUGACUUGUAUUCUGACUGAAAUAUGUUUUCAUGUUAAACUUAGAGUUAAUUAGCAUUAUAUUAAGUUAUUAUUUCUGUACAGCUGAAACUAGCCAAAUAAUUGCUGCUAGGCACUGUUGUGAUUUGUCUGUUGACUGAUUUUAUGUAAUCUGAGGGUAUACAGAUUGCGAUUUAAAAAAAAAUCACACGUGUUUGUGUUACACUGAAAUUUUAGCACGCGAAUCAUUAAUUUGCAUUUGUUAUCUAUGCAAAAGAUAAUUUUCAGUGCUUCAUUUCACAUAUCGUAAGUUGGUAACUACGUUAUCUUCCUGCAUCUGUAUUUCCCCGCUGAGUUUUGCAAUUUUUCUUCUAAACAAGAUUUUAUCAAUUUAUGUGAUUAAAAAAUAUUCUUCCUUA